AUGGCGACUCUAUGCUGCAUUGUUGAUGGCAUGGUCCUCCUAGAACAAGACGACUAUGCGGUUGAGGCGAUAGCGGUGCUACUGAAUUUAGUGAGCCUUGGCAGCAAUGGAGAUAUGGGUGCGCCGGUGAAGGUUCUGUUCACGACUACGAAUACUACGAUGGAUAUUCGUGGGGCAGUUGAUGAGGAGGGAUUAGUCUUGAAUGUCGGCACAUUGACGCGGCCUUGGUCCACUUCUAGCGAGGCUGGAAUAAUCCGAGAGCUUGAUGCAAGUGUCUUGGGUUAA